UUGGAUUCACUUCUUGCUGUAAUGUCAACCAACGAAGAGAAUAGUCCAAAGACUUCCAGAAGUGAAGGAUAUGCAGACAAGAUCUUUGGUAUAUUUAAAAACUCACAACGUGGAUCGGCUCCUUGUAAUAUUAAAAGAGACUCAGUUGGUCCUUUUGGAGACGUUCCUAAAAAUUUUCAAGAUUAUCUUAAUACAAAAGUAAAUUCAAAUAUGGAUAGCUCUACAGACGAUUCCGAUAAAAGUAUAACCGACGAUUUAUACAAUAUAGACAACGAUUAUUUAAUUAAGUUAAAUUCAAUCCGUCGUAAGCUAAAUAUGGUUGAAAUCACUGAUGACGAUGACUUCACAUCAAAAUCUUCACCGUCUCACAAAACUGAUUCACCAAAAACGAGUUCAUUACCACUAGCGGAAUCUUCUAUAAAAACCAACACAUUAUCACAAGGAUCAUCUACUGUUUUAAGUGACCAUUCUCUUGAUAUUUUAAGUAGAGAUCCAACUUCAACAUCACCUAGACUUGUUGAAAUAACAGAUUCCGUAGAACGUAAAAAUCAAGGAACCGAAAUUGGACAAAAGGUUAUCUUAGAAUCUUUAAGAGGGUCUCACAUCAAAGAGCAGGGAGAUACAAAAGUGCUGCAAAGAAGGGUUACGUCCUUUACAUCGGAAAAUGUAAAUUCACUACCAAAAUAUUCACCAAGAUUAAGUUUGACGGUGGAUCCAGCACCUAAAAAUGAUAAUUUUGAUGUUAACUAUUUAUCACAACGAAAACGAGAAACAAAACAGGACGAUAAAGAAGUUCAGUUUAGUAAUACUGAUAAUCAGACAAAACAAGAAUCAAAAUUUGUCAAUACCUCAAGGUCAAUUCAGACUCUCACUAAAAUAGAUAGCGCUUUAAAAUCAAAUAUAGUGGAAAUGUGUUCAAAGAAACUAGAAGAAAACUUGGAUAAAAUUACUGAAAGACUUAUUGAGAAAGCUAACAUUGCUUUUAGUGAUUAUCAGUCGACUGAUUACGUUCCACCAAAGAAAAAGGUAUGUGUAGAAGAUUCGAAAGAGGAAGUUAGUCACGAGGAACCAAAUGGAACUCAACCAACAGGUGAUGUUAAUCAUACGGCAGCACAUUUUCUUACUAACCAAACGACAUCCACCAGCGGUGGAAGUGAAAGGUUUGAUAUGAGUCGUAAGAAUUUAAAAAAAAACAGGCCUAAAAGAAAUGAAGAUAUAAUUGAAAAAGUAUCAUCAAGUGACGAAGAUGAGCAACAACCAUACUUUAAUUUCAAAUUUAAAUCUUCAAAGAAAGUUCUUAAAAAAAUGGAUGAAGAAAGAAUACAAAUGGGGAAGUGGUUAUAUUCAAGGUAUUUGUCGGAUAUGAAAAAUCAAGGUGAAACCAGUGGCAUCCGCCCUGGUAUCAAUCAAGUUGGUGCCACUCAAACGUUCAUGGAGGAGAGUUGUUCAAAUACAUGUAGGAAGAAAAUUUAUACUACAAAACAUAUUUAUCCUGAGGUACACAUAAGAACAGCAGAAAAUUCCCAAAAAAAUUUUUCUGUUAAUGAAAGAAGUAGUGUUAGAGAUAGUGUGUCUGCCAGGGAUAGAAAUGAAAGAAUUGAAAAUUUAUAUUUCAAUCCAAACCAGUCUGAUAAUUCAAGCCAAAGUAGCUCAAAUAAUGUUUAUACUGUAAAUACCUGUGUUGAAUUGCAUCGAACGGUACCAAACACAAUAUUAGAAAGUCAAACAAUAAGUAAGGUACCUUAUAAUGUAAUAACUUUAGAAAAGACCCCGGUAUUAGAAAGAAAGAAGUCUUCAGCGAUGAGUGAAUCCAGUUUCGCACGAAAUAAACAAUAUUUUAUUCAUUAUGAAAAUAAAGGAGACGUGAAUCGCUUCGUUGAGGACAAAAUGGAUAUAAUAUCCCAAAACGACAAAACAUUUCAGAAUACGAAGGUUGGAUUAGAUGGUCCAAAAAAAGUAUCAAUGGCGAACAAUUUUCCCCAAAUCUCAAACGCCGCAACAUUGGUGGGGCAUGUAUCAGAUAAAGGUAGUUUAAAGAAAUUCGUAUUGCAUGACAACGAGGAAAUGAUGUAUAAGUACAAAUGUGAAGGAAGCAUGACCUCAAACUCCGACAGCGCACUGAAUUCUAAACCUCCCAAACUUUUAAGAAAAACUACGAUUCACAGAGAAAAUAGCAAUAAUGAUCUUUGUGUUUUGACUUCUGGUGGUCACCGUGAAGUUGAAAUCGGGAUGAACACAUACAAUUCGGACACGGCGAUUAGUAAGCAUUCGAGACGAACAAUCAAGGAUUAUUUGGACGAUGCCACGACCGUCAGUUGUUCAAACAUUUGUCUCUGCUUCAAAUCUUGCUUUCGAUAAAAUAUAUAUGUUUAUAUGUAAUUUUAAGAUUCACAAGACUCUUCAGAACCAUAGUGAAAUUCGGUAUUAAGACUUUUUUGAAUGUGUAUACUCUUUAAGCAUUUCAUAUUGAAUGUCCAUAAUAAAAACAGCGACUUAUA